CGCUGGGCCGCCGCCGCAGCCCGCUGCCGGGAGGGGAGCGGGAGCCCGCGCCGCCGCCGCCCCCGCCAUGCCGCUCUUCGCCACCAACCCCUUCGACCAGGAUGUGGAGAAAGCAACUAGUGAGAUGAACACUGCAGAGGACUGGGGCCUUAUCUUAGAUAUUUGUGAUAAAGUUGGACAGUCACGCACAGGGCCCAAGGACUGUCUUCGUUCUAUUAUGAAGAGGGUGAACCAUAAAGAUCCCCAUGUUGCUAUGCAAGCAUUAACACUUCUAGGAGCAUGUGUAUCAAACUGUGGUAAAAUCUUUCAUUUAGAAGUCUGUUCAAGAGAUUUUGCCAGUGAAGUAAGCAAUGUGUUGAAUAAGGGUCAUCCAAAAGUCUGUGAAAAGCUGAAAGCUCUUAUGGUGGAAUGGACAGAUGAAUUCAAGAAUGACCCACAGCUUAGUUUAAUAUCUGCUAUGAUAAAAAAUCUUAAGGAGCAAGGAGUUACUUUUCCAGCUAUUGGCUCACAGGCUGCUGAACAGGCAAAAGCAAGUCCAGCUCUCGUUACCAAAGAUCCUGGUACAGCAGCUAACAAAAAGGAAGAGGAGGAUUUAGCUAAAGCUAUUGAACUGUCUCUAAAAGAACAAAGGCAACAGCAAGCAGCAGUUUCCACUUUGUAUCCGAGCACCUCAAGCCUUUUAACAAAUCACAAACAUGAGGGCCGAAAGGUUCGUGCUAUCUAUGAUUUCGAGGCUGCUGAAGACAAUGAAUUAACAUUUACAGCUGGAGAACUUAUAACUAUACUUGAUGACAGUGAUCCAAAUUGGUGGAAAGGUGAAACUCAUCAAGGUAUAGGAUUGUUUCCAUCUAAUUUUGUAACAGCUGAUCUCUCUGCUGAGCCAGAAAUGAUGAAAGCUGAAAAGAAAACAGUGCAGUUCAGUGAUGAAGUUCAAGUAGAGACAAUAGAACCUGAGCCUGAACCAGUUUAUAUUGAUGAAGAUAAAAUGGACCAACUCUUGCAGAUGUUACAAAGUGCAGAUCCGUCAGAUGACCAGCCAGACCUCCCAGAAUUGCUUCAUCUUGAGGCAAUGUGCCAUCAGAUGGGACCUCUCAUAGAUGAAAAGUUGGAAGAUAUAGACAGGAAACAUUCAGAACUUUCAGAGCUCAAUGUUAAAGCAAUGGAGGCUCUUUCUUUGUAUAACAAGUUGAUGAAUGAAGACCCAAUGUACUCCAUGUAUGCAAAGCUACAAAACCAACAGUAUUAUAUGCAGUCAUCCGCUGUUUCUGGCUCUCAGGUUUAUCCAGGGCAACCUCAAAGUAAUGCAUAUUUGGUGACCGGGAGUGCACAGAUGGGCCAUAUUCAAGGCUAUAAUCUUCCUCCUGAACAACUCCCUUCUCUCAGCCAAGGCACAGUUACUCCAUCUGCCAGCUCAGGACUGCCUGGUCAACCUGCACAAACAUCCUACACCAAUGCAAUAGUUGGCUCUGUUGCUGGAAAUACAUAUUCUAACCAGGCUUCAGUGUAUAGUCCACCACCUGCUUCAGUUGAUGUUGCUGCUUAUCAGAAUGCUGGAACUAAUAUGUCCCAGGUGCCAAACUAUAACUUAACAUCUACACCUCUGCCACAGACCACAGGCAGUCAACAAGCACCUCCACAACAACCACAGCCACCACCACAGCAACCACAACAUAGUUAUUCCCAGAAGGCUCUACUAUAGGAUCCAGGACUUCUGAUUCCUAAUCUUCGUUAACCUCUGCUAAAUGCAGUUGACAAUGUUAUGAGUUUCUUCUUUUAACCUCUUAAACUUUGUUUAUCCUCAGCUUAAUAUAAGAAUCUAUCUUGGUGAACAAG